AUGGGGAGCAAACGCAAGCGGAAAGCGCAAGAGGCGGUUGCCGCAACUCCGGCAGCCAAAAGACAACAAAAGAACAAAUCUAACGGCACAGCGCAAACUCCCAAACCGACCAUACCCCUCGAUGUCGGCCCGUUCCUUCUCGAGCCUAGAGGAACUGAUUUACAAAAAGAAGUCGAGCUUUACAACAUUCUCAAGAGUGAGGAUGUCUCGGACAGAUUAGCGGCUGCGAAUGCGAUCAUAUCUGGGCUUUUGGGUGGUGAGGGAGUCGAAGAAUCGACGUUACAAAGACAUCUUGAAAGAAGGCUAUUCCGAGGUCUUGCGAGUGGAGUCAAGGCAGCGCGAUUGGGAUACAGCAUUGUGUUAGCUGAGCUCUUGAGUCAAUUGUUCGGAAAGAAGAACUUGUCAGAAGAGAAAUACCCUGGACUUACAUUCGAUACGGUCCUCGAAUUUCUGAUCGCGAAAACGAAACCAGAGGGCGAUUUGAAUGGCCAGGAGUUUAAAGAUCACUUUUUGGGACUGCUAUUUGGUCUGCAAAGUUUCGUUAGGGCGAAAAUACUCUUCGAAAACGAUGCGCGCUGGUUCGCGAUUCUGGAUAAGCUGUUUGAGCUGCAAGAAAAGAAAUCAUGGAUUCGAGAGGAGUGCGGAUGGGUGAUCGUUGAAGCAUUCGAGCAAAUGAACCAAGAUCAGGCACAGCGGACACUCAAAAAGCUAAACGAAAUCGGACUGGCUGCUUCUCCAGAGGGAGUAGGAAUUUGGCUUGCUGCUCGCAAUCGCUUCCCCGAUAUGAAAUUUCCGUCGAAGCCAUGGGGUCAUAGUGGGAAUCCCCUUGAACAUCUCAAGACACUAGCAAAAGCGCUGAAAGAGAGUGAGGGAAAAGACAAGGGGGAUCAAGAGGCAAAACAAGCGAAGCAAACUGGAAAUUGGAACCCUAAACUUCAUUUCGUCUGGAGUCUCGUGUUAGAACAGUUUGCUGAGAGGUCACGAAGUAGCGAGGAUAGCGGAGUAGCAGACUUUGAGAAUUUCUGGAAAGUCGCUGUUGAUGAAAACCUGUUCUCCAAAGAUGCAUCUAGGGAACGCAAAUUCUGGGGACUUCUUCUCUUCCAAAAGAUGUUCCAAGACCCGCAAAAAUACGAAAAACUUCUCCCUGCAAUCUUUAGUCGUAAUCUUGUUCGAUGUCUAAUAAAUCACGUUUCGGAGGAGGACAGGUUCUUGAAUAAAUCCGCUGAGAAGUCGCUCAAUGUGCUCAUACAGGCCGUCGAGUCCAAUCCGACUUUGCUUGCCACUGUGCUUCCACGAUUGAUAUCCGAGAACGGCACUUACAACUUUGAUAGACUGACGAAAACCAAGACGAUUGAGAAACUGUUAGGUUUUGUUGAUGAGAACAAUGCCAAGUCAAUUGUCAAGAUCCUUGUCAAGCCGACCUUGUCUGUCAAAAUCGAUGGAAGCCGUACAAGCACAGAAGCACAGAAAGAGGCAGAGACUCGGCGCCAGCUUCUCGCAGAUUAUCUUCUCGUGAUAGUUCGCAAGAUUGAUGCCCGUGAUGAAUCUUUGGAUCUGACUUGGGUCAACAAUACGGUUGUAUCUUUCGUAGCGAACGUGGCCUACUCAGAAGACGAACGGUUUGAGCCAAAAUUGUCGGAAAAAACAAGAACGUUGUUUCGAAGUCGGUUGCUAUCCAUAUUCACGCACUUUUUAACCGAUCUAAAUGGAGGCUUAAUUCCUUGUACGCUGGCGACUUCCCUGAAGCCCGACGCUGUUGACAUGGAAGAGGAAGUCUCUAAAGCAAAAGACAGCGCUAUUUCAGUUAUUAACAAAUUGCUGAAGAAGAGUCACAAGCUUAGUGCUGAGAAGGCCGCGCCAUACAAAGCUCUAGCUCUUUUAUACUCUUUGGUUAUAUUUCAAUUGUACGAUGGGGAGUCAGAUGCCAUUUCUACUCUAGAAGAGCUGAAAUUAUGCUACGACAAGCUUAUUCGGCAUAAAGAUACAGAAGAGGAAGACGUCGAUGCGUCCGGCGUUCUUGUCGAGCUUCUCUUGUCAUUCAUCUCAAAGCCUUCUGCGCUUCUGAGAAAGGUAUCUCAACAUGUGUUCAGCGCUUUUAUGACCGAUAUGACAGCGGAAGGCUUAAAACUCAUUACCGAUGUUCUAGAAUCUAGUGAGAAUCUGCGAGGUCAACAGGAAAUGUUUGAUCAGGAGGUUGAUGGAGAUAUACCAGAGGAAGAAGACUCGGAUGUGGAGAUGGAUUCGGAUGUCGAAGUUGUAGACAUGAAUGGCGAAGAAGGCGAGCUUCAUACCAACCUUGACGAAGCCCAAGACGAAUCCGAUGAUGAGGAUGAGGAUGACGACGCGGAAAGCGAGAACGCAGAUGAUCAAGAUGAUGAUGAAGCCAAAAAGCUCGACGAUGCGCUCGCGAAGGCUCUUGGUACACACGCUCUCGAUCCUGCAGCUGAAGAGUCAGAUAGCGAUGCAGACAUGACAGAUUCGGAGAUGAUGGAACUCGACUCAAAACUCGUUGAGAUAUUCUCCCAGCGAAGGAAGGCCCCAAACAAGAAACAAGAACAGAAGGAUGCGAAAGAAACGAUUGUCAAUUUCAAGUCUCGAAUCUUAGAUUUACUAGACAUCUACGUCAAAAAACAAGCCGCAAAUCCUCUGGCAUUCGGUCUACUCCUUCCUCUCCUCCAACUCAUCCGCACGACGAAAACCAAAAACCUAGCCGACAAAGCUCGCGAUAUCAUCACCGCCUUCUCCAAAGCCGCAAAGAAAACCACCCCUACCUCGGUAGACGUAUCUGCUCAGAUAAAGCUGCUAAAAGCGAUCCAUCUCGAAGCUUCGAAAGAUCCUUCUCAUGGAUUCGCAAGAGCAGCAAGUACAAGUAGUUUGUUAGUCGCCAGUAACGUGUAUAAAGCCGACAAAGAAAACUUCAAAAAGAUCGGAAAGGUGUAUUUGGAAAGCAUGACUAGCUGGGAUGGGGGUGAGGUGGAUAUGCAGGCUGUGAUAUUUACGGACUGGGUCAAUUGGGUGCAAAGUCACCGGAGUAUAUAG